UUAAGUGGUGUGGCCUCAAAAGGAUGCAAGAGUAAAAAAAGACAGCAUCGGCUACUUGCAGUUUCUAUAAGGUCACAGGAAACAUUAACAAUGGUUGCACGCGGCUGGAUGAAGGAUCUCUUUAAUUAUGACUCCCCAAAACUGAUCCGUUUUCCGAGUGUUGGAUGUGUAUGUGUGAAGUGGUUCAUUUACGGAAUUAUUGCUGUGUAUAUUUGUUAUACACUCAUUGUUCAAAAACGCUAUCAAGAGAAAGAGGAACUUACCAGCUCAGUUCGCAUUAACCUGAAAGGAGUGGCUCAUGCAGACAGGAUCUGGGAUGCAGCAGAAUACACCAUACCAACACAGACAAGAGACUCUUUUUUUGUGAUGACCAACGUCAUUCGGACAGACAAUCAGAUUCAACAGACUUGCCCUGAGUAUCCCAUCGCCAAAGCUAUCUGCUCUUCAGAUAGGUCCUGUGAAAAAGGGAUUGUAAAUGUCCACAGUAAUGGAGUUCAAACUGGAAGAUGUGUGCGUUAUAAUGCAACUUACAAAACCUGUGAGAUCAAGGCGUGGUGCCCUGUUCAAAUGGAAGAAAGCCCCCCCACGCCAGCUGUUCUGAGGAGUUCUGAAGAUUUCACAGUGCUUAUAAAGAACAACAUUCACUUCCCCACAUUUAAUUACACCGUACAAAAUAUUUCACCCAAAUUGAAUAUUUCUUGCAAAUUCAACAAGGUAACUGACCCACUCUGUCCGAUAUUCCGCUUGGGAGAUAUUCUUCAGGAAGCAAAAGAGAACUUUUCUGAGGUGGCAGUCAAGGGAGGAAUCAUUGCCAUUGAGAUUAAAUGGGACUGUGACUUAGACAGGUGGUCUUACUACUGCAGUCCAGAGUACAGCUUCCGCCGCCUGGAUGACAAAACAAGAACCCAAUACCCUGGAUUCAGCUUCAGGUUUGCAAGGCACUAUAAGCUACCAAAUGGGACAGAGCAGAGAACCCUUUUCAAAGCCUAUGGAAUACGAUUUGAUGUCCUUGUGUUUGGCAUGGGUGGAAAAUUUAAACUCAUUGAACUCUUUACAUUCAUUGGGUCCACGAUCGCCUAUUUUGGUUUGGCUGUGACCGCUAUAGAAAUGUGUUUUCAAUUUUACAAUUGCUCCAGCUGCUGCAAAAUACCAUUCUGUGAAAAUUUAAUCAGGAAGAAGUAUGAGACUGUGCUGAUGCCAGAACAGGUGAUGUUUGUGUCCUACGUCGAUAACCCACACAUUACUUUGAUAAAGUUGCCUCUGGAAACAAGCUUGCAGAAUGCUGACGGCAGCAGUUUUGAGAACCACCCUAUGAAAUUCUACGAUCCUCGCACCUGCUGCACCCAUGAGUCCAACAAGAACCACAGCACUGCACAGUCCGAGCUCAGGCUGCUCACACAAAGCAUCUCUUCCGCAGACUGCCCUGAGUGGUGCUGCUGUGGCCAAUGCCAGAUGACACAGAAGUACCACGAGCAGCUCUGCUGCCGGAAAAAAGAAGGGCAGUGUAUCACAACCACCUACUGGUUUACACAGCUGGUGUUGUCCAGAGACACUCUGAAUAAGGCCCUUCUCUAUGAAGACCCCUUUCUGGACCUGACAGGUCACAGUUCCAACAGCCAGCUGCGUCGCAUUGCUUACAAGCAGUACAUUCACUGGCGCUUCGGCUCUUUUGAGCUGGAGGACAGAGCCAUCAUCCCAAGCUGCUGCAGGAGGUUGAUUAGAAAUACUUAUCCCAAAGCAAACGGCAACUAUACUGGUUUUAAUUUGGAAUGAGGAUGCAGCUUACCUUGGCUUGUAUGGUGGAUUUUUAACCUAUUGCUUUUAUGUACCUAUAGAAGAAAAAGCAUAUGAUUUUCCAAGAUCUGCUAUGCAGCUGAAUUCUUGUGUACUGUCAUUGGAAAGGGACUAUUGCCUACUGCUUGGCUUAGAGUUCCUUUGGUUCCAAACCAAGUUCCUUUGGUUUGGAAUUGUAGCCUCUGGGGUGAAUUCUUGGUGCUACGUUUUAGUGAAAAGUUCCAGCCCUUUGCCUUUGCUUUGGCGUGUACCAGAGUUCCAGAUGAAUCAGGAGAUGACCAACGCCCUGAAAAUAAGGUAGAGUUAAGGAUCUUCUCAAGGCAUCACCCCUGAGAGAAGCCCAAGAGAUACGACUUGAAAAUGUCAUCCUAUGUUUUUCUAUCCCCUCGCCUCACCACCAUGCUGUGACCCUGGAUCAGGACUAAUAAGAGGCCACAGUGCUUGUAUAUUUGUAUCCCACUGUUAAGGGCCUCACAGUCCAUCCAGAUUAAACAGGCUUAUUUUAGAUUUCAGUAACACAAAGCGUUUUCUGAAAAGCCCAGCUGUUCUCUUGCUUAAAUCAGGAAUUACAAUGUAAAGUACUUACACCAUCUUUGUGUAAUAUUUGCAGGCAUUUCAUUCAUAUUAAUUGAAUUUUAAUGCUAAGUCUUUGGCCUCCUGUUUGCUCUUAGCUUCAAGCAGGCCUUGCCUCCUACACCUCCUCCUACAGAACCCAGCACAGCACAGGUUGCUUUUUGCUGUGAUGCUGCAGCCCAGGAGCACCGCAUUCAGGGUGGUUUCAUCUGUGCUCCAACACCUUUCCAGUCCUUUCUUUUUGCUGUCCUUGGACAUGUUCUAUUUUUGUAGAAACAAGGUGAGAUGGGUUGUCAUUUAUAUAUUCCACACCCCUUUCAACUGAGCUUUGUUCUUUCCGAGCUACACCAGCAGUUUGCCAUUUCAAUUUCCCACGUGUAUUUUAAAAUAAAUUGCCUGUAGAUGAUGCAAGCCA